GUAUAUGCAUGUUCGCCGCUAGAUGUGUGUCGUUAUAAAGAAACUGAAUAGUAUAUAUAAACAUUCUACUUUACAUUGGUUAAACCAUCAAAUAUUUUUCAGUUUUAGUUAAAAUUUAAAUAAAUGGGUGAUACAAAUACAGAGAACUGUUUAAAUGGAGUGGAAAAUUCGCAACCACUGACCAAUUUUGACGUUACUAUAGUUACACGAAAUGAAUGGGGCGCAAGGCCAUCAAAGGAAAUAAACUAUAUGGGAACACCGGUCAGUGUGGUAUUUAUACAUCAUACAUCAAUGAAUGAAUGUCACACACAGGACCAGUGCAUGGAAGAAAUGAAAAAAAUACAGAAUUUUCAUAUGGAUGACAGAGGAUGGGACGACAUUGCUUACAACUACCUCAUUGGCGAAGACGGCAGGGUGUACGAGGGACGUGCCUGGGACAGAAUUGGUGCUCACACUCUGAAGUGGAAUGACGUGGCAGUUGCCUUCUCUUUUAUGGGAAACUACUGUUCUAAACUCCCUAAUGACAAAGCGUUACACGCACUGAAAGCUAUGUUAGCAUUAGGAGUAAAGAAUGGGAAAAUAACACCAGACUAUAAGCUAUACGGACACAGAAAUGUAGGUGAAACAGAAUGCCCUGGUGAUAAAUUACACGAGCUUAUAAGUUCAUGGAGUCAUUUUGACAACAGCAACAGUACUCCCGUGAAACCGGAACCUAAACCUUAUAUAUCAGAAGACAAACAAUAGAUAUAUACUAAAUAAAUAAUAUAUAGCAUGUUCCAAUUAACAAAGAAAAGGUCACAAGUCCCGCGGAAUAAAUUCACCACAGCGUAGUCCGCGACAAGUAUUAUGUGUGGCUUCUAUUUCAUAUUACUAAGUAUUUCGAAUGCAAUAGAUUUAACAUUUAUAUGCAAAACAGUAGAUCAAAUAUUACCGCACAAUUGUGUUUAUCUUUUCAGUCAGAGCAAAGUGAUAUCACCAUUACCGUGUAGUAUCAAAAGUAAAUAUAUAAACAGAAAUAAAAGCAACACAGAGGGUACUUUGCUGGCAAACAUUGAUCAUACUUUACAAGAUUUUACAAAGUCUUACUCGAAGGAAAGAAGGCUCCUGAAGCAAUAUUCCUUCACCAUUUUAUACUUCUCUCAUUUGCUACAAGAAGUGUCCAAAAACUCAUUUAUACACUGCAUACUUUCACGGAGUAUAGCACUCAGUUUUCCUAAAAUGUAUCCAGCUAUAAGUAAUGAAUAAAUGUAAUUCGGAAAUAAACUUCAAGUAGAGCGCCAAAAGCAGUGGAGAGCAGAACUGCUUCUUGUGAAGGCUACAAAAAUGCUUGGUACGUUGCCAGGUUCUCAUUACUAACAAAGUCAAAUACAAAAAAAUCUUCGCAUAGAUUUAUUCACAAAUACAAAUAUGAUAGUAUCGUUAACAGUUUUCAUUGCUAUAAAUAUAAAUAAACACCUUUAAAAUCACUGCUUUACCAGUGAUUUUACAGUAAAAAUGUGUUACUUAAAUCAGGCACUUUAUACACACACUUAACAUACAACAUGGAAUAAUGUCACCUAUGAAUGGAUUUACACCGGUCUGCAUUAAAAUGUGUAUAAAAUACUUCAGAUGCUUAAAAGUAGCAAUUCUAAUCACUUGGAAGACUAACGAAAGGCCCAAAAAAAUGUAAGUAGCUAACCUAAGCAGGCCCUUGACCUUGCUACUGGGUUUGGCGAAUAUCCAUUAAGCAGUUCAAUAAAAGCUAUUUGAAGCUUUUUCUACUUCCUCCUGUGAAGGCCCUAAAAUGCCUAUGUUAGAAGUUUGGAGAGGUUCAACUAAAGGUGCUAAAGACAAAUUUGGUUUUCAUCAAGUUUAUGAAAAAAAUAUUUGAAGGAUUUUCAGCUCUUACAGCCCCUACAUAAAAAGGGUCAAGUAAAAAUAUUUAAAAUAAUAAAGACAUGACUUUACAAGGAUGCUAUAGACAACAUUUGGUGAAGAUCUAUCAAGUGGUUCAUGAGAAGAAGUUGUUUAAAGGUUUUCCUAUGUUUAGCUUUGGCAGCCCAAAUUGCAUUUCCAUGUGAUCGCUAUUCUUUGUGUCACUUUGAUCGCUAUUCUUCGUGUAUUUUUACAUUUUCCAUAAAUAAUAAUGACUUUUACACCUAAAAAGCUAGGGAAUUUGAUUUGUAUUUUAAACGUUAAAGCAGUGACAAAUAAGCCAAGAUAAAAACGUUCCUUUGCGACAAAGCGGCCUGGGAGAUUCUCGUACAGCCAUACCAUGUGCAGUAACAAUUAAUGAACAAUAAUGCAUGGCUAUUGAACCACACUGCCGACAACAGACGCUGUGAUACGGGUACGAGGUAUCAAAAUUUCCAUGGUGGAGUUAUUUCUCCUAAGAAGAAAUACGUUAUCAAUUUUACUUCUUUCCAGGGGUCAAGACCUUGGGAUCAUAGGAUCAUAAAACAACUACAGCGCACCAACGUUCUACAUAACACUUCCUGAUAAGAAAUGUAUUAAA